AAAUUGAGCACUCUCUCCUUGCGCACGGAGCAAGAAAGGCUCGUCGUUUCUUUCGAGGCAAAAGCAUAGAAAGAGAGGGGGCCACUGAGAUUUGAUUGGCUGAGGAAGGCAGAGCCAAAAACACUGUGGCCAGGAAACGGCUCGAAUUUCGGGGGACGUAAGGAGGAGAAAAAAUCUAGUAAACCUGACAAAGCGUCUGAGAACAGUACUAGGAUUGUCUGGGAAGAAGACGCUCUGCCGCGAGGGAUCAUAUAUUGAUGGAUUCUAUGUUUUUGGAGAGUUUAAGUUCUUUUUUUACCCAUUAGUUCAUCAUAAAUUGCAGACCUUUCGUUUGGAUGAAGAGUGCGCUCGCUCUGGUACACUGACAUUUGAGUUGACUAGCAACUUGGUGAAGAAGUUUCAGGGACGUAGCUAUGUUUUUCUAGUUAUUUUUCAAGGAUAUGGAUUUAAAUUCUGAUUUUUUUAAAGUGCCAUGGAACAACAAUGACUUCGUGAUUUAAUAAUACAUUUUCAGUGAUUUUCUUUUGUUGCUCGUCCAAUUUGGGGAAAGUAAAAAAAAUCGCUGCUUGGCAUUUUUGGUGCAGUGGGGUGAAUUUGCUCCAUCGGGACUAGGCUACACAUUCCUCUCGAUUCGGCACAGGCACUCGCCUCCUGCCUUGUCCAUGCAUGCGAAUCGGAGUUCUUCCAGACUUUAGGUAGUUAUUCGUUCCUUUCCUCAGCCCAGGUGAUUGGGGGAAUUCACAGUGAGUGACAGGCUGGGCAGCCUGCAGUUGAUGGUUGGGUGGAGCCCCUCAGAUGGGAUCAGUGUCCAGGGGGAGGCAGAGCCUGAGGAGGGGGGGAUGGGGGACGGACUCACCCUCCACUAACGGGAUGGCCUCGUGGGCCUGGCUGCUCGCCACCAUCCUGCUGUCCCUAGCAACGGCUACUUUGGCAAGGCCGCCGUACACUGCCGCCGAGGAAGAGGAGGCUACGCUAGAACCUGAAGAGCCUCCGACCAAAUACCAAAUCUCUAAGCCCACCGUGUGCUCGGUGCACCCGGGGGAACUGCUGAAGCUCAGCUGCCUUCUGGCCGGGGAGCCCGGGGCCAUCACCUGGACUAAGGAUGGUUCCACUCUGGGGGCCAACAACCGCACCCUGAUAGAACAGGAGGUUCUGCAGAUCCGCGACGCCACGCCCAAGGACUCUGGGCUGUACGCGUGCAGCACUGUGGGCCCUCAGGGCAGCGACACGCUCUGCUUCAUAGUGAACGUCACAGAUGCCAUCUCGUCUGGGGACGAUGAGGACGACACAGAGCGAUCGGAGGACGUGGGGGCGGACGGAGAGCAGAUAAGGGCGCCCUAUUGGACGAUGUUGGAGAAGAUGGAGAAGAGGCUGCACGCGGUGCCUGCUGCCAACACAGUCAAGUUCCGCUGUGCUGCCGGGGGCAACCCACGUCCUAAGAUGCGCUGGCUGAAGAACAGCCGACCAUUCCGACAGGAGGACCGCAUGGGCGGGUAUAAGGUGCGUCACCAGCACUGGACCCUGAUUAUGGAGAGUGUGGUGCCGUCAGACAAGGGCAACUACACUUGCCUGGUGGAGAACGCAUACGGCGCCAUCAAUCACACCUACACCCUGGAUGUAGUGGAACGGUCCCCCCAUCGGCCCAUUCUCCAAGCAGGGCUGCCAGCCAACACCAGUGUGCAAGUGGGGGAAGACGCACGCUUCGUGUGUAAGGUGUACAGCGACGCUCAGCCCCACAUUCAGUGGCUGCAGCACAUCCAGAAGAAUGGUAGUCGCACUGGCCCAGACGGACACUCCUACGUCCGCGUCCUAAAGACCGCAGGUGUUAACACCACGGACAAGGAGAUUGAAGUCCUCUACCUCCCCAAUGUCACUUACGAGGAUGCUGGGGAGUAUACGUGCUUGGCGGGCAAUUCUAUUGGGAUCUCCUAUCACACUGCUUGGUUGACGGUGCUUCCAGCCAGUAACGACGAGACGGUGACGGGUCUGAUGUCACCUGACUACGUGGAGAUAGCCAUCUACUGCAUCGGGGUGUUCUUGAUCGCCUGUAUGGUGGUCAUCGUGGUGGUGUGCCGGAUGAGGAAUACGGCUAAGAAGCCUGACUUUGGGAACCAGCCAGCGGUCCACAAACUCAGCAAGCAGAUACCUCUGCGCCGCCAGGUAACAGUGUCAAAUGACUCCAGCUCCUCGAUGAACUCCAGCACUCCUUUGGUCCGCAUCACCACACGACGCAGCUCGGCUGGCCACGACGACCCCAUCCCAGAGUAUGACCUCCCUGAGGACCCACGCUGGGAGUUCUCCAGAGACAGGUUGACUCUGGGCAAGCCGUUGGGCGAGGGCUGCUUUGGCCAGGUGGUGAUGGCUGAAGCGUUAGGCAUCGAUAAGGACAAGCCGAAGGAGGCCAUCACAGUGGCCGUGAAGAUGCUGAAAGACGAUGCUACAGAGAAAGACCUGUCUGACCUUGUGUCAGAGAUGGAGAUGAUGAAGAUGAUUGGGAAACACAAGAACAUCAUCAACCUACUAGGGGCCUGUACACAAGAUGGCCCUCUGUAUGUGAUAGUGGAGUAUGCCUCUAAAGGGAACCUGAGGGAGUACCUACGUGCCCGCAGGCCCCCUGGCAUGGAGUACUCCUACGAUAUUAACCGCUGCUCAGACGAACAGCUCGCCUUCAAGGACCUGGUCUCCUGUACCUACCAGGUGGCACGGGGCAUGGAAUAUCUGGCCUCGCAGAAGUGUAUACAUAGAGAUCUAGCAGCGAGGAAUGUCCUGGUCACAGAAAGCAACUUUAUGAAGAUUGCAGACUUUGGCCUGGCCAGAGACGUCCACAACAUUGAUUACUAUAAAAAGACAACUAACGGUCGUCUCCCGGUGAAGUGGAUGGCUCCUGAGGCUCUCUUCGACCGUGUGUACACUCACCAGAGCGAUGUCUGGUCAUUUGGGGUGCUAAUGUGGGAGAUCUUCACCCUGGGGGGUUCUCCGUACCCCGGCAUCCCCGUAGAAGAGCUCUUCAAGCUGCUGAAAGAGGGCCAUCGCAUGGACAAGCCUGGCAACUGCACCAACGAGCUGUACAUGAUGAUGAAAGACUGUUGGCAUGCCAUUUCCUCCCAUCGGCCCACCUUCAAGCAGUUGGUGGAGGAUCUAGACCGUAUCCUGACCCUGGUCACCAAUGAGGAGUAUCUGGACCUGUGUGCCCCAGCGGAGCAGUAUUCUCCCAGCUUCCAGGACACACGCAGUUCCUGUUCCUCCGGUGACGACUCUGUGUUCUCCCAUGACCCCUUACCAGAAGAGCCCUGCCUCUCAAAGUACCAGCACAUCAAUGGGGGCGUCAAAACAUGAGGCCUCCCCUCCUCAAUCCCUCCAUCGAGCCUGACCUGCCCCUCACCCUAACCCCCCCCCCCCCCCCCCCCCCCCCAAAAGAGACAUCUUCCAUAGAGAGAAACUGAGAUAUACCCCCACAACUAACCCCCUCAAACCACAAACCUCCUGCCCCCCCAACCCCCCUCUGGCUCCCAAUGGACUUUAUUUUUUUAUUUUUUAUUUCACCUUUAUUCAACCAGGUAGGCCAGUUGAGAACAAGUUCUCAUUUACAACUGCGACCUGGCCAAGAUGAAGCAAAGCAGUGCGACAAAAAACAAACUACACAGAGUUACACAUAAACAAACGUACAGUCAAUAACACAGUAGAAAAAAAUCUAUGUACAGUGUGUGCAAAGACAGAGUGUGCAAAGGACUAACGGACUGGAUGAGACUGGGCC